AUGAGUGUUCUCAUUGGCCGGCGCGAGCUCUUUGCCUUCGCUGAGCGAUACUCCUCUUGCCGGCUGAAGGACUACACGGACCUUGCCGAUGGCGUCGUUCUGUGCGGACUUUUUAACUUGGUGUUUCCGGACCUGCGCAUCCGCACUGCCUCGCCACAGACGCACACUCCCUCGCAACGCACUCAGGUAAAUUGGGCGGCCUUGCGCUCCGCGCUGGACGAUGUGGGCAUUCCACCCAACCUGCUGGAUCAGGCCGCGAUUCAGCACGGCGAUGCGGAGAAGGGGUUCUCGGCCCUGGUUCUCUUCUACUUUCUCUACCACUUGACAAAACGCACCGACUUCUCUGCGGAAUUCGCAACGGACGUGUCGGAACAACUCACAGAAUUUCUGCAGUCUAUUGACUCCAUUGCGGCUCUUGUGGUGGGUGGUGCCUUGCCCCUUACCGCCGUGCCGCCGCAGCUGCAGGAGCCAAUUCGCAACGCCACCAUGGCGCGAAAACGUCGGCCUGCUUCCAGACAGACACAGCGGAGAGAAGGGAGCGUCGCGGCGUCCUCGUUGGAGGUCUCCGAGGAGGAUGACGGGGAACGGUUCGAGCGGCAGUUAAGUUUUGACACGGCUGCCACGUCACUGGAGUCGCGGAUCGCAGAGGACAAGGCAGGGCAACCGGUGCACGCACCCAACGACGCGCUGGCUAGCAGGCGGCGCACGCGUCAGCCGCUCCACCAGGACAAGAGGAAGCGAGGGAGCAACCACGAAGACACUGUGAGCGGGGAGGUCACUGAGAAGGCUCGCAGCUGCAGUACCAGUAGCAGGAGUAGCCAGGCGACCAGAGGGGAACGGACCCUCCCGGGCGCAUCCGUAGUGGAACGUGAGGUGGAGCUUCAACAGGCCCUCAUUGCCAAGUCGGAGGAAUGUGAAAAGCUUAAGGGACAGAGAAUGGAGUUGCUCUCGCAACUGGCGAAGUCGCGCGCAGGGGCGUCGGUCAACUUAUCCUUGUCCAUGUCUGACGAAAAGAAUGCCUCUAUGCAAGAGCUGGAGGAGGAGCAACGGCGGGUGGCGAUGCUAGAGGAGGAGCUGAUGUGUCUACGCCGUAUCCUUCAAAGGACGAGAGAGGAACGUUGCGGUUCGACCCCUGCUUCGGGAUCCUUUGCGGCGGAGUUGUUGAAAGAUGUGGUGGACACAGAAACAGGUGAGCUCGUCAAUGUACUUGAAACUGCCACGUCGCUGCACGGCGUCCUUUUGGACGCCCUGCGGGAUUCUCCACGGAGGCGGCACGAUGCACAGAGAUGGCUUUGGCUCAUUGUCUCGGCGUAUCACGUGAUAGAGACACGUCUCGUGACAGCGUGCGACCUGGCCGCCGUGGGGUGGCAGCGGCUGGAAGGCAACGGCGGCGACGACGACGACGACGAUAAUUGCAACCAACGCAGUAGAACUGCUACUGGAAGCAGCUACAACUGGAUUACUGAGGCAGCCGCAGAGUUGCAGUCAACGCCGAAUACGACAGCGAAGCAAAUGCGGGUCAUGCAGGGGGCGUCUCCCGCGCCAUUGUCGCCCGGUGCCGCGACGUCCGUCGCAAGCGUGGAGGGGGUCAAGUUGGCGGCGGAGAUGGAGAGGCGGCAGAGGCAAUUUGAGCAGCAACUAGCUGAGCUGCACACAAAUGAGAAGAAUCUGCGACAGCGGGUUCACCAGCUAGAGACUCACCUUCGUCGUUUUGCAACGAAGGCCAUUGAGCGCGAGGUGAAGUGGAAGUCACUCUGUGCUGCAAUACAUGAGGCGGAGCGUACGUCUUUUGGCAUCGCCGAGGCGGAGACAACCGAAGAAGUUGAACAACUUUUGACGCGGCGCCAGUCGUGGUACGCCCGCGCCGAGGAGGAAUCUGCGGUUUUGAUGCAGCAGGGUGCAGAAGACACGUUCUACGCGGCGUCGGAGCCAGCCGCAGGAGCCCAUGACGUGUGCGAGGCGAUGCAAACGCUUGUCCUGAGCGUCACCCAAGACAGGGACAGGCUGCAGAGGGAACUUAAGGAGCUGCGGAAGGAGUUGCAGGCGCCGGUGCGGCGUCCGCAGAAAAGUGCCCGUACGAGUGCAUCGAAGGAGGUGAUAAAAAAUCGUCUGUUGGAGCAAAUGGAGUAUGAGCAAGAUGAGGUGUGGUUUGUCCGGGCGGACUCGCGGCCGCCCUACACCCUAAGCAGCCCGUCAACGAAAGAUGUUUCCGCGACGCCGGCGAAGGUGCGACGUGUCGGCGAGCAAGACGCCGCGAUACCGUUUGCGCGUAACCUUUCGGCCCUUUUGGCGUCCGCGACACCGGUGUAG